UGCAAAAAUAUAGGUGUUUAUAGUUAGUCAUAAGUGGCAUAUGAAGAAACCGAAAAACAUGCCGAAAAAGUCACUUCUAUGUAUCUCUCUACCUAUCUACAAGGCAGCACGAAAUCUUCCUUAAUCUUAUUUUUAGGAAUCGUUUGUGUAAAUGAAGCUACAAAAAUAUUAUCAACAAAAUCACUACUAUACAAGGUAAACUAAUUAAUGGUAGAAGCAAUGUCACUAGUCACACCAACCAUGUGUCAUAUAUUUGAAUUCUACACUAUGCUUGAGGCUUACAUCCUCUCCCUUUUCAUGUUCUUGCAUGCUGCAUGAUCAAAUUAUUGCAAAUAUAUUAUCAAAUUAGACAAAAACAUAAACACCAAGAGAGAAAUGCUAGCUGACCAUCUAUUUCCUUCAAGAUUCAUCAACUGUGUUGUUUUCUUGAUUCAUGCCCUAAAAUGGGUGUGCCCAAUUUGUGGCCCUGCAUCUCCCUCCUUGUUCUCUCAAUCGAGACGUCGGCAUCCGCCAGAAGAAUCGCGCAGGAAGACGAAUAUUACAACAAGCUUCCUCCGCCGCCGUCGCCGACGGCCCCGGCCGUGUUCAAGCCGGGCACGACCGUGAUCGUGGCGGCGAUCAGCGCCGUCUUCACGAUCACCUUCAUGCUCCUCCUCUACGUGCAGCGCUGCAAGACCGCGGCGGGCUCCCGGGCGACCCUCCCGCUCGCCCGGGUCGACUCGGGGGUGAACCGGAAGGUGAUCCAGCAGCUGCCCCUCUUCCGGUUCGCCUCCCUCCGGGGCCAGAAGGACGGCCUCGAGUGCGCGGUCUGCCUGACCCGGUUCGAGGCGGAGGAGGUGCUCCGCCUCCUGCCCAAGUGCAAGCACGCGUUCCACGUGGAGUGCGUCGACACGUGGCUCGACCGGCACUCCACGUGCCCGCUCUGCCGCUACCGCGUCCGCCCCGAGGACGUGCUCCUCAUCGACUGCCACGGCAACGGCCGCCAGAAGGCGCUCCACAACUACCGCCCCUCCGUCGACCGCGUCAGCGCCGCCGCCGGGUCGAGCCGGCACUCCUCCGCCGGGGAGAGGAGCGCGCGGACGUCGGGGGGGACCGGGAUGCGGCGGCGGUCGUCGUUCGACGCGUGGAGCUCGCGGCGGAGGAGUAGCGGGAGGCUGUCGGUGAAUCUGAGCAGGAGAGACGAGCGGCCGGGGGCGCACGGGGAUAAGGAUACGCACCGGCUGGAGCACAAGAUUAUGGUGUCGGACGGCGGGGAAGCGGCGGAGGAGGGGCGGUGGCGGCGGAGGAGCGAGGUGCAGGCGGCGGCCGCGGAGGAGGAGGUGCUGUACCUCGGUACAGAAAUGCUGAUGGUAGGUGGAGAUGGGGAGGAGGAGGAGGAGAGUAGGAGUGAUGUUGGAGAGAGAAAGGGGAGAGAGAAAGAGGAAGAAGGGAUAGUAAAGAGAUUGAAGGAUUGGAUACCACAGUUCCAACAGCAGCACAAAACCCCUGCCAAAGCAGCUCCUGCCAAAUCAGCCCCUGCUUCUACUUCUUCUUCUGGUUCUCUUUAGAAACAGAGGAGACUUUCAUUGUUGCUCAAACUUGUAAAUUGCAAUAUGGAUUUCAACUCAAACAAUUUUGAUACUGCAA